UAUAUGAAAAGAGGAGAAGAAGAAAAUAUCUCUUCAUAUCAUUCGAGAUGAGAAAGAAAAUGUUUUAGACCAGCGAGUUCUUCUUCAGUCGUACAAAGUUAAUCGUAGAAAUAUCCUCGAUGACGGAAUUUACCGAAACUCGGAUAAUAAUGUUCCUGUCUCGUAGAUGAUCAUUUAUAUUUUCUAUCAUCAUGGUGCGACAGUUCACUAAAAGACAAUGGCUUACACUCAUAGUGAUUAGCAUUGCAGAUUUCGCUAAUGCUAUUUGCGUAUCUCUUCAAGCACCUUUUUAUCCUCAAGAGGCUGAAAAAAAGGGCGCCUCACCUACCGAGUAUGGACUGGUUUUUGGUGUUUUCGAACUUGUCGUUUUUAUCAUCAGUCCUGUUUAUGGGAAACACUUAAACUGGAUCGGUCCGAAGUUGUUAUUCAAUGGCGGUAUCUUGACGACAGGAACUUGUGCUAUCUUUUUCGGUCUGUUGGAUAAGGUCGACGGUCACUAUCCAUUUAUAAUCCUCUCCUUCGUGAUUAGGAUUGUCGAGGCACUUGGAAACGCCGCUUUUCUCACUGCCAGUUUUGCGAUUAUCGCUAAAGAAUUUCCGAAUAAUGUUGCUACCACAUUUGCCAGCUUGGAAACGUUCUUUGGUUUGGGACUUAUUGUUGGUCCUACUGUUGGUGGUGCUCUUUAUCAGGUUGGUGGAUAUACGACUCCAUUUGCAGUUCUAGGUUCAGCGCUCUUUCUAUCAGCAGUGACAACAGCAUUCAUCCUACCAGUCCAUAAUAAUCGUGAACAGGACGAACAUAAUACUGGAGGUGUUUCCAAGGUUCUGAGAAUUCCAGGUGUCUUAAUGGCAACCUCAUCGAUAAUUGCAACAAGUAUGAGUAUCGGAUUUUUGCAAGCAACAUUGGAACCACAUUUACGUCAAUUCAAUUUGAGUCAUGUAGUUUUGGGUUUGAUGUUUGUUAUCAAUGGUGGUACUUAUGCUCUUACUGCUCCAGUCUGGGGUUGGUUUUGUGAUAAAUAUUCACAUCCAAAAAUUGCAACAGUCGUUGGAUGUAUACUCGUUUGUAUUGCAUUUAGUUUGAUAGGACCUGCACCCUUCAUACCAUAUCCUACCAUGAUUUGGUUGACAAUUUGUGGUCUGGUUAUACACGGCUUAGGAAUGUCUGCUCAAUUGGUUGCUAGUUUCACGGAUGCUCUAAGAACAAGCAUAGCCUAUGGGUUUCCGAAUAAUAUUGAAACCUAUGGUUUAAUUAGUGGUCUAUGGACGAGUACAUUUGCAUUAGGAGCUUUUAUUGGUCCAAGUGUAGCUGGUAUUCUAUUGGAUAACAUCGGAUUUAGAAAUGCUUCAAUGUUUAUUGUUAUUCUACAUUUCUUGAUCGGUGCAUUCGCUGCAGUGUUUCUCUCAAAUUGUUCAAAAACACCAAAACCUUAUACGGAAAUUGGUGUAGGGGAUGACAUUAGAGUACCAUUGAUGGAUAGUACUCAAUCAAAAGAUAAUGGUGGUCGUGUAAUUCGUGGUCAAAGCGUACCAAUAGACAGGCCAAAUGCCAUGAACUCUUUGAUAGCAUGCAACAGUUAUUCGAACAGGGCUGGAGCAUGGUCAAGAGCAUCUUACAGUGGACGAUAUUCUCACAGUUAUGGUUCGAUUGAAAACAAAAGAUUUAUCGAAUUGACAACGUGAUCAUAUUUAGAAAAAUGAAUAUUACAAGUAAAAGAUCAAAGGAGUAAGAUUCUCGGCAGGAAACUCAAUUCGUGAAAAGUUUUUAAUUCGACUUAUUUGAAUUAAUAUAUUAUUAUUAUUAUUAUUAUUAUUAUUAUUAU